GCUCGCCAAAUGCCGACUGACCAGUCGUGACCGGUAUAUAAGACCGGCUGACCGGUGCAGUGGACAUCAUUCGACUAGUGCAGCUCGCACAGUACACAUCCUCAAAUCAACCAAACAUGAAGAUGCUGGUGAUCGCCGCUGUCCUGGCCGUUGCUGCCGCCGACAAGCUGCCGACGCUCCCCACCUACUCUGCCCCUGCCCCGAGGGCCUACUCUGCCCCGGCCCCGCCGUCCUACUCUGCCCCUGCUCCCCCGCAGUACGGACAGAAGGUCCCCCAGAUCCUCUCUCAGCAGUAUGACCUCAGCGACGACCAGUCCUACGUUGCAAGCUACCAGACGGAGAACGGCAUCUCUGCCUCCGACUCUGGCCGGCUCGUGGCUGGCUACGGCGGCGAGCCCAGCUACGCUCGUGAGGGACAGUACAGCUACACCGACGACUACGGCAACACCUACACCGUCACCUACACGGCCGACGCCAACGGCUUCCAGCCGCAGGGUGCCCAUUUCCCGACGCCCGUGCCCACCGAGUACCCGACCCCGCAGGUGCCGGUGACCCAGGCCAGCUACCAGGCGGCCCCCGCCCCCAGCUACCAGGCGGCCCCCGUCCAGCCCCAGCCCCAGUACCAGGCCUACCAGCCCAGCUACCAGUGAUUUAGUUGAUCGUAUUUAUUAAUUUUCUUCACCAUGCGUUGCACGCUCAGAGAAUUUACGCUUACGAGUCUAUAUAUCUGUUGUGAUAUUGUUGUAAUAGGUGCUUCAUGUUUGAGUGUUUGUCCCAUGUCCACACAAUACAUGUGAAUCGCAA